AUGAUUUCUCCAAUGUGGUUUCUUCACAAUGUAGCAGCUAUUUCUCUUGGGAUUUUCUUCAUUGCUUCAUCUUCUGCAGAACAAGCUCCAUAUUCAUCGUUUGCAAAAGAUGCUAAAUUGGCCCCACCGGUGAUGUACUUCGAUUACAUAGUAAUUGGUGGCGGAACAUCUGGCUGCGCACUGGCGGCGACACUUUCACAAGGCGGAGCAAAAAUACUAUUACUAGAAAGAGGUGGCUUGCCUUAUGGAAAUCCCAACAUCACCAACAUUGGUGGCUUCCCAGAAACCUUAGCAGACACCUCUCCAACAUCAGCUUCUCAGCUUUUCCUCUCCAUGGAUGGCGUUUUCAACCACCGCGCUCGGGUGUUGGGCGGUGGCUCUGCCAUAAACGCUGGUUUCUACACCCGGGCGAGCUCCGACUAUGUGGCAUCGUCGGGGUGGAAUCCAAGAUUGGUGAAUGAAUCAUAUGAAUGGGUGGAGAAGAAAGUAGUGUUUCAGUCACCAAUGCUGACGUGGCAAUCGGCGGUGAGGGACGGGUUGCUUGAUGCCGGAGUUUCCCCGAAUAAUGGUUUUACAUAUGAACAUCUGCCGGGAACUAAAGUUGGUGGCACAAUGUUUGAUCAAAAUGGAUAUAGACAUACUGCUGCGGAUUUAUUGGAGUAUGCUGAUCCAACAAAGAUUUCAGUUUAUUUGCAUGCAACAGUUUAUCAAAUACUGAUCAGGACAGUACCUGCAGGUCAAAAACCAAAGGCUUUUGGGGUAUACUUCAGAGAUUCAAAUGGUAAUAGGCAUAUGGCCUAUUUGAACAAUGGACCCGUGAAUGAAAUCAUUUUAUCAUCUGGUGCACUUGGAAGCCCACAAUUGCUAAUGCUAAGUGGAAUUGGGCCGGCCAAUCAACUCAGAGCCCAAGGGAUAAAAGUGAUAUUGGAUCAACCAAAUGUGGGCCAAGGAAUGUCUGAUAACCCAAUGAAUGCUGUCUUUAUUCCUUCACCUCGGCCCGUUGAAAUGUCCCUUAUUCAAGUGGUGGGUAUAACACAAGUUGGUAGUUUCAUUGAAGCAGCAAGUGGAUUUUUUGAGUUGGUUUGGGCCCGUAGGAUGGCCCAAGAAGUUUCCAAGUUCGAAAAUCAGACUGGUCAUCCAUUCACAACCCCUUUCAAUGAAAACAAGCAAGAAGCCAUGCCAGGACCCGACCCUUACCGAUAUGCGAACAUUCAAGCUGGAGUCAUCCUAGAGAAGAUUGCGGGACCUUUCUCAACCGGCUAUCUAGAGCUCCAAAGUAGGGAUCCAAAUGACAAUCCAAGAGUCACAUUCAACUACUUUAAAGAUCCAAGGGACCUACAAAGAUGUGUUCAAGGCAUGGAAAUAGUUAGAAGAGUCGUGGAAUCAAGACAUCUCUUUACUUUUCGUUAUCCCUUUGCAACCAUGCAAACUCUGAUGAACAUGAUGUUGACUUAUCCAAUUAACCUAAGGCCUAAACACGUGACAGCAACUUAUUCCAUGGAACAAUUUUGUGUAGACACUGUGAUGACUAUAUGGCAUUACCAUGGAGGAUGCCAAGUUGGUAGGGUUGUGGAUCAGAAUUACAGAGUGUUAGGUGUCGAUUCGUUACGCGUUAUCGAUGGGUCGACGUUCUACAACAGUCCGGGAACUAAUCCUCAAGCUACUGUUAUGAUGCUUGGGAGGUAUAUGGGACAAAGAAUUCUGCAGGAUAGAACUCCCUUCUGA